CUCGACUAUUUUUCGCAUUUUAAACUCCAUCUUCAUUCAGUGAACUCAAUUGAAUCAAUUACACAUCCAACCCUUGAAAAUGGCCUGGACCAUCAUUAUCACGGCCCCCGCCGUAUCAGUCAAGAAAGUCCACAAAGCCCUCAUCUCCCUCGAAGACUACGAGUAUGGCGUCGACCACUCCUGGACCAUCUUCCACAACACCACUCACCUAGACGACGAAACCGAUCUCAAAACCCCCAACACCCCACCUCUCGACCUCUCCGGCGCCCAAACCCUCGACUCCACCAACAACGCCUUCGCCGGCAAAACGCCCUCCGAGGUCUUCGAGUUCGUUCAGGAAAAUGAAAAAAAGCUCGGCGGAAAGGGCCUCACGACUAUGAACUUGUUGAUUAUCGACGAUAGAGGAUUUCGGGAAGAGUCGUGUUUGGUAUGUUCAAUCAAUGAUGAGGAUGAUGAUGAGGACGAGGAAGAAGAGGAAGAGGAGGAGGAGGAUGACGAGGGCGAUCGGUCGCCGUUUGUGAUGGCGAGGUUGCCGUGGGUCGAGGCGUGGAUCAUGUUUACGAAUCUGGACAUUGGGAAUAUGGGGUUUGACGAGUAUGUGGACGAGGAGAAGGGGAAGGAUGAGAAUGGGGAGUAUACCUGGAAAGGAUCGUUUUCGGAGGGGAGUGAGGACGAGGAGGCGACGAAGAAGAGAGAGGAGGCGCUGAAGAAGGCGAGGGAGGAGGGAAUUAUUGAGUAGAGGUAUAAAUCAAGACCAAAAUAGAGAAUAAAAAUAAGGAAAGAACAAUGUAUGUAAUGAGUUUCAAAAUAUACUC